AUGCGGUUGUCCGGCAUCCAAUCCACUCGCCUUUCUCACCAUGUGCCCCGGCGAUUCCGUCCCCUCCCCGCCCAAGAUGCGGACAUUGUCCCAAGUAGCCUCCGGAAAACCCUCGAGGCGCAUCGCUCAUCAAAUCGGGCUCGUCUGAUCCGCAAAGUAUACCCCCGAACUCCAGCCACCGGCCUUUUGCGCCCCUGGAUUCCGCUAGAAAAUCGCGCAGGCUAUCGUCCCCCGGAACCGUUAGGAACCCCGCUAGAAGAGUCAGAACGGUCAUCCAAGAAACCCUCGGGCAAAAGGCGGACUCGAAAGCGCAUACCAGAGACAAAUGCUUCAUCACCACAGAAUACGCAUAUAAUUCCAAUUCGAUAUGCUGAGGAUAUAACGGAGCAAAAUCCGUGGAUUGAUUUUCUUGCAUCAGACUAUGCUAUCGGUGAUGCGUCUACACACCUAGAUGCGGAGAUACAAGCUUUUGACCGUUACUUGACACCAACUCCACACGAGCAAGCCCCAAUCUCCCAGUUGAACGACAAGAUUGCCUCUUUAUUAAGAUCAGUGGCACCCCAUCCGCCAAAACUUAUCGGUUCCCACUAUACAGGUCUGGCGCAGGCGCAUUCGGACCUUCAUUUUCUACUUCCCUUCGAAGACAUUCCGCGGUCUCGACACCAACCACGCGGGCCCAGUGCUACGCGUCCGCAAAUUCGAGAUGCCCAUACCACCUUGCUCUGUAGAGUAGAAUCUACUUUGCAGAGCCAUGAUAUGUUCAGUGGUCAGGUAAAAUGGGCUGGCAAAGGCAAAUCUGUUCUCGAAGCUCGGCACCAACCAACUGGAUUGCUACUUCGUUUCCACUGCGGUGAGACUGUACCUGCUCUGUCAGAAUAUAUCCGAGUUCAACUGCCCAAGUAUCCUGCGCUGCGUCCCUUGUACAACAGUACACGAUCUUUAUUAGAAUCUCGCGGUCUUUUCGGAUUGACCCAAGGAAAUCUCGGACCCGAGCCUCUAGCAAUAUUGAUCCUUGCAUUUCUCAAAAUGAAGCAGCCUGGACUUUCUGGUUCUCAUCGUCUCGGUGAUCACUUCUUGGCCUUCCUAAAGUUUUACGGCAGUGAUAUAAACCUUCAGUCGAGUGGUAUUGCUGUCGAACCUUCAGGAGUCUUUGGCGCUGAUAUCUUGCGUCAUUCCUCCCCAGGGGAGGACACUGAACCUGCCCACCGCCGUGGUCAGCGGUCUCUCAUUGGUGCAAAACGAACUGCAUCUGCGAAAGGGAACUCCCCUGCGGAUCGAAGAUUGUGUAUUCAAGACCCCACUCAAUAUAUGAAUGAUCUGGGUCGAUCGUGUACCCGUACACCAGAGUUACAGCAGGUCUUGAGUACAGCAUACGAGCGGCUUAGCUAUGCAUGUGAUACUUGGGAAGGACGUGAUAUGCAUGGCUCGAUUCUGACUGCUGCCAUUCAAGCAAAUUUUGAUGGCCUGGUGGCGUUGCGGAAACGGUUGGUAUGUCCGGUGGACUAA